UCAGCUGUCAAAACGACUCUUCCGUCGAUAUGAAUCUUUACAAAUCACGUAUAUUCCAUAUAAAUCAGUAGCGUUUCAUGCAUAUGUAUACUGCAUACAGUUACAUAGACGAGAUGGACGAGAACAGAUAAUGCGAGUGAUUAAUUAAACUUGGCAUUACUUAAAAAGGGUUUGAUCUGUACAUCAAAGGUUCCGACUUCUAUAUAACUCACUGGUGUUGGUCUGAAUGGGUCCACGUCACAAAGAAACUGUAUUUAACGGUACUGAUACUGUAAUUUGUAUGCAGUUCGAGGUAAAUAUAAAGGACAGGAGUUAAUUGUACUGAGGGGGUACCAUGGUGCAUCGAUGGUAAUAUCAUAGUACUUUGAUAUUUACCAUGGUAUUGGAUGAUUUCCGUGUUCACAUACCAUGGCAUUAACACAUGAAACAUUUUGCACACCGUUUUUCUAAGUAAAUUAGAAGGAAAAUCUACUAAACUUCAUGACAUAAUAUUGAUUAGAGUUAGUGAGUAAAUGUAACUUUAUACAGUAACUUAUUUUUGAAUCUGAUGUACAUAAUAAAACAAACGUAUAAUUUAUUAUUUAAAUUGUAACGAGUCAGACUCCAUGUGCAGAGUUUAAUAGAGAUCAUAGUCAGACAGGCAGAGGUCAAAACCAGGUAGGCCUAAGCAAUCCACACAAUGCAAUAAAUCAAAGACAGUAGAUAAAUAGGUAAAUCCAGGGAACAGGCAAAGGGGGUAAAUCCAGGGAACAGGCAAUAGUGGCCUAUAAACACUCAGAAAUGCAAGACUUGGCAAUGAAGUGAAGCUAGAGGGAGAGUAUAUACACUGGGAGUUGAUGAGUGAAUGGAAAAUAGGUGUGAGAGUCAUUGGCGGGAGGAAGGGGAUUCUGGGAAAUGUAGUCCAGGUAGGGGUUAAUACUCAGGGGAAGGGGAUCUUGUGUGAACAGAUCUGGAGGAUGUGACAUAAAUUAACAUUUUGUUAGAACAUUUCACAUUUAGAACUUUCCUUGUAAGCAGAAUUUUAAUCAUGUACCACAUGACAUACGGAAGCCUUCGACAGCAAAGCUUAAUGCAUGCUAUGUAGUCUGCUGGACAACAUUACCUUUUAGUACUGGCAAUGAAAACAAGAUAUUUAGCUGCACACAGACCACCUUUGUGCACUUGGUGUACAAAUCACGACGAUAACAAUCAGCAGAUUUGUUUUUUGUUUUGUUUUUUUUUAUCACGAAUGGUUGAUUUUGAGUAGAAAAUGAAUUUCAGACUUCACAAAACAAGUUACCAAAUGCAACAACAAAAUCAACAAAAAAAAAAAAAUGGCGUAAGCAAACUUGCAAACAUAGAAACCAUGCAAAAUCAUUAAUUAUUCAUAUCCAGUGCAUGCUGGGAACACCAGAUUUGAAAAAUUAAGGAAAAGUUACUUAUUUUAUUUACCAGUAAAAUGUACUUAAAUUAGAGAAUAUGACAAGCUUUCUACUUUGGGACUGAUACAUAAUGACACAUUGUAAAGGACGUUGAGAGAUGCAGAAUGUCUGUAAAAGGAGAAAUAGCGCCUCCUUCAUCCAAGAAGGAAGCUCCACUAUGAUCCUUGGCCUGGAUCCACUUCACCAGAACUUUUCUGAGACCCUUCCUACAGAGAUGAGUGUGAGGAUCUUCAGUGAGCUGGACCUCAGGAGUUUGUGCCAGGCCUCUCUCACCUGUAAACAGUGGAAUGGUAUCAUCGAGGGCAGUGAUCUCCUGUGGCGGAGCCACUGUCUUACGGUGUUGGCCAUUUGCCGGAGGGAGAUGGACGGGGACAGGCUUGAUGGAUAUUCAUGGAAGGUUACACUUGUUCGUAACUACAGGAAAGGCUGUGUAAAGAGAAGAUGGCUGAAGGGUCGAUACAGCAACAUCCACUCUUCUGACAAGAUCCCACCCAACAGCAUGUGUCCACUGGACUUGGAGACCUGGGGAGAGAUACUGGAGGCAGAGCUGGAGAGAUAGAACUGAGAGACUUUUGGGAUCAUGCUAAUAGACUGAAAUACAUCAGCAGUAUCUACAGUGGAGUAUUAUGACUGAAACACUUACUGGAUUCUGAUCUAAUCAUUUUAUGGGAUGUUUUAUGAUCAAUGAUCAAUGGGCAUCUUUAUGGCUUUGACAAUGUAUGAUAAUGUGGCAUUUGUCUGAUUGGUGUGUUAAGGAAAAUUUUGGUUGUAUUUCUGCAAUUUGCUUGAGACUGAAAUCAGGUUUGAUUGGUUUUAGCUGAUGGAAUUAUUUUAUAUGUUGAAGAGAGAAGUUUGUUUAUCUUUCCUUCUCUCUUUUUAUAGAUAUGCAAAACUGUAUUACAUCAUGCCUUUUAAUUUUUUUAUUAUUUUUUUAUUAUUAAUUUAUUUGAUUUUCUCAACAACACAAAAGGCACUCCUCAAAAUUCUCACCCUCAUUUACUCACCAUCAUACCAUCCCAGAUGUGUAUGACUUUCUUUCUUCUGCUGAACACAAACAAAGGUUUUUAAAAGAAUAUUUCUGCUCUGUUGGUCCAUACAAUGCAAGUGAAUGGUGGCCAAAACCUUGACGCUCCAAAAGUAAAUAAAGUCAGCUUAAAGGUUAUCCAUACGACUCCAGUGGUUAAAUUCAUGUCUUCAGAAGUGAUAUGAUUGGUGUGGUAGAGAAACAGAUCAAUAUUUAAGUCCUGUCAAUCUCCACUUUCACAUACAGGUUCUUCUUUUGUUUUUGGCAGUUCGCAUUCUUUGUGCAUAUCGCCACCUACUGGCCAGGGAGGAGAAUUUAUAGUAAAAAAUGACUUAAAUAUUUAUGUUUUUCACCCACACCUAUCACAUUGCUUCUGAAGAUAUAGAGUUGUAUGGAUUACUUUUAUUCUGCCUUUAUGUGCUUCAUUUUGGAGCUUCAAAAUUUUGGUCACCAUUCACUUGCAUUGUGUGGACCUACAGAGCUGAGAUAUUCUUCUUAAAUCUUUGUUUGUGUUCUGCAGAAGAAAGAAAGUCAUACACAUCUGGGAUGGCAUGAGGGUGAGUAAAUGAUGAGAGAAUUAUCAUUUUUGGAUGAACUAUUUCUUUAAAGUGUUUUUGUCUUAAAGGUUCUGUAAUGGAAAAAAUGGUAAUAGGCUACCAAACAUUAAAUGUACCUAUUUCCUGACAAAUAUGAAAGGUCCUAAAAAAUAUUAUAUUUCUUAAUGACAUCUCCAGGCAUUGUAAAAAGCAACAAAAUAAAUAAAUAAAGUCA